AUGCUACCCACGGACGACGUCGCUCGCUACCAGAAAUCACCACCCAGGCAGAGCCCUUCGCAUGUACAAAUGAAGCUGCCACCCUCACCGACACGGCCAGGCUCAUCGCCAUCCGCGCAUGCUACAGGAUAUCCCAUGAGCCAGAAACGUCAGGCUACAGAAGCCCCGGAAGGCGACAUGCCUGCAGGCAAGAGGCAAAACACCAUGCAAAAUACGAUGUCACCUCCCGCCGCACCGUUCGCUCCCAUCGGCCAACACGAUCCUCUCAACCCAGGGCCAUACAAUCGUAUGAGACCAGUUGCACCAGCCAAUGGGAUUGCGGCAUCUGUCAACCGGAUGACCCCCGACGACAUCGCCCGAGACCGUCACCUCCAGCAGGCCAAGCUCGCAGAGCAGCGCGUUCGGGCGCAACAAGCUCACGACGCCGAGAAAGCCCGCGAGCGAGAGAUCUAUAUUGCCGCCACCGCCGCAGCUCUCAAGCGCGAGCAAGAUAACGCGCGAAGGGAGUUUCUGCGCAAAGAUCCCAGCGCGAACUACCGCCACAUCCUAGAGGUAUAUGCAUUGUCGCCGCUAGACCCCAAGAAAGAUGAGUACCUAAACCGGUACCUAACCGGCUUGCUCGCAAACCGCGUUAUGCCCAUGGACCUCGACUGCGACCUCGCGCUCGCGAUCGUGUACGCGAAGGAUCACUGGGACUACUUUGGACAGUGGCCCAAGGAUACCGAGCGCUUUGCUGGCUAUGAAAGGGAGAGGAAAGAGAAAGCGGCCAAGGACCGGGCUUAG